AUGACCUUGUUCCCCACCAAGUUUGAAAAUGGGAAGAUUGAGUACAAGAUAAGGUACAAGGGGAGAUCAAGGCCAUUCUCUAGAGCCAAGGCCUUGGUGACUUCAGAACAGUCCAGGGACCCAACCAAGCUAAAGGAGCUUCUGUCUCAAGUCCUCACUAUCACCCUUGAUGGUGACAAAGGAGCCAGCUCGACCGACAGCUCGAUCGAGCUAGAAACCAGGGCAACUCGAUCGAGUUCCACAACUCGACCAAGGAACCCAACUUCAAGAAGCAACAAGUUCAAGAUGUUGAGAGGUGAGGGAAGCCAAGCAGCUGUAGCAAGAAAGCAAAAGGCAGAGAAGGCAAGGAGAAUGAGAGAAAGGAUGUCCAUAGAUGAAGGUUUGGAGUAUGUGAGAUCGAGGGAAGAGAGGAACCAGCAGACGGCAGAAUCUGAGGCAGGGGAUCAUGUCUCCUCUGAAGAGCAGUCUGAAAGUGAGAGGUUGAGGGAAGAAAGGAGAACCAAGAAGAGGAAUGAUCCCAUAAGUAGUGAAAGUGAACAAGGGAUUUCGAGAUUGGGGUCAACCUUGUUCAAGAAGGGAGUUAUGGCUCUCAAAUUCAAGGAGGAAGUGAUGAGACUGAGAGCGAAGAAGAAGGAGAGGAGGUGA